AUGGGCGAGGUGGUGUUUGUACUUGCACCCCCCUUCCACGCCAUUAUAGCUGCCCCCAAAGGCACUGCCCUCGUGUCUGGAUCAUCAUCAGUCAAGUCUCAAAAACUCCUGCGACAAAGGAAAGAGGAAGAUGAGGAGGUCGGUCUCGGGAUGAUUCACAAGUCAAAAAGAAUAGUGAUGGAUGAUGCUGCGUUUGCCUUUUUCAACCAACGUCGAUACCUUCCCCAACCCCAGUUGGCGAAGUCGACUACAGAAGCCGAAGACACAUCCAAGUCACAAAGAGAACCGACCAAAGCAGCCUACAGAGGCCUCGAGUAA